GUUUGGAACUAUUGACGCUAGCAACGAGGAAUAGUAGCUGACUUAUGGUUAACUUAUUAUAUAAAGUUUUUUGAAUGAGUGAUUUAGAAUCCUUCGACGAGGACAGUUUAAUUGAGAAUAAAAAUGGUCAUGAGAGUGGGUGUGUGGCGAAAACACAGGACGAAAUUGUUGACUGUUCGAUGAAUAAUAAUAUCACAAAAAAUGAUCGAAGCAUAAGUGAUGAAACUUUAUUUUACCACAGUCACACUGAAAGCAAAAUAGUUGGUUUACCAGUCAACGAAUGUAGAUCAUCUGAUUUAAACACAUCAGUUAAUCACCAUUCUGGAAAAUAUGAAGAGUUUACAACAUCAGAGUCAGUUCCACCACUGAAUCUGCUAUCUGAAGAAAGCAGUAUAAUUGAAGCUACUGAAUCAUGUAAAAAAGCAUUUAAUAUUGACUUGAGAGCUGCAAGUAUGACAUCCAAUUCAUCGGAAAAUUCUCCUGAACAGUCAGAGGAUAAAACUAUCCCGACUCACUGGAAUCAAUGUAGUCAAAAGUUACAAAAAUUACAAUUGGAGAAGCUCAAUCCCAGUCGAUCCACUAAGAGCAAUGUAUGUGGAUCGGAUGAUAACUAUCAGUAUGGCGAGCCUAUUAUACUUGGUGAAGAUAUUAUUGGUCAUGAACUAAUCCCUAAAAACAAAUCAAAAACGAAACUGAAUUUUAUUACUUCAAACAAACUGAACAUUCAUCAAGGUGUUAAAAAUUGCUCCGUAACGUACGGUCAACUUCACAAAGUGAAAUCACAGUAUAAUUCGGGAUCAGCAAAAUGUUUAACAAAUAGUCCAUUUCUACUUAGUCCAAAUAUGAAAAUUACUAAACGACAUAGAGAAUGCUUCCAAUCGGAUCCUGUUUUAUGCUCUAAUGGACAGUCGGUGAAUAAUAAAGAAAACCACGUGCAUGAAUCACAGUGGAAUGUGAGUUACAUACCACGAUUAGCACCAUCCCCAUUAUUCUCAUCACCAACAUCGUAUACACAAAUAACGCCUAAAAUAAAUCAACCACUUUUUCCUUCUUGGUCUACUAAUUCAACUAAUUUAUGCACAUUACGCAAUACAAAAAACAAUCUUAUCAGAGAAAAUGAUGCACUAAGUCGACCUGUUGAAUCCUAUUGGGAAAUCCAACCAAAUUACAGUCCACAUGAACAAUUAAACGCAUACAGUUUAAUUGGGAAUAAUGAAAUAGAAAGUAGUAGGAAACAUAUUAGUUACAAUUGCUUUCCAAGUUCAGCAUCUGGUGUAUUUCGAAUGGGUAUAUUGCAACAGGCCGAACUAGCUAAAGCUCAUAAGCAAUUUUUUCGCAAGUAUAAUUCAUCAGCUUCCACGGAACCGGAAAUUAAAACUCGUUUACACACAUUAUGUUCACCUAUAUCAAAAACCCACAAAACCACACAACUAUGUUUCAGUGACGGUAGCAGCAAUUCGUUCACUUCAAGAAACUCCAACCAGCGGAAGCCUUCAGUAUCACAUUUACCAUCACAACAACGAUACACAUUUAAAGAUUAUACUUUAUUGCCAUCAAUCAACUCAAAAUCACGGGGACUAGGUCCAGAUACAGAUAAUGAACAGUAUCGUGAGAAACUUGCUCGAAAACUCCGACAAAAUGGUUAUGCAGAGCAUAUAAGAAGGUGUCGAGAAAAAUCUAAUGCAAGAAUUUCUCGCUCAGAAAACAAUAUUGCUAGAAGCACCGUUUCCCACAAUAACACUUCGAAUUCUUCAACUAGUGACAAAAGAAACAGUAACAAAGAAAACGAAGAAAAGUUUGAACCAGGUGUUAACGAAUGUUCAAAUUCACAUCUAGUCUGUACCACCCAGGGCGUAUCUGAAGACCUAAACGAUCAUAAGUCGAAAGAAAAACACAAUACGUUGCUAUGCUCACCGCACCAAGCAUCUUUUUCAGGUCAUCAAACUUUCAAAAAUGCUACAAAUCCUGAAUCUAAGACAGGCUCUGCAAGAAAUCCACCAGAGUUAUCAAAAGAGGAAGUUAUUAAGCAAAAGGCAGCAGAAAAACGUUUAGCUAUGCUAAAUUAUGCAAAACAUAUCAGUCAGAUUUAUUCAAACCAUCGUCGAGUCAUUUCAAAUAAACAUAAACAGGAAAAUGAUAAGAAUUUGAAAAAGCCUCACGAUUAUAAAUUAUGGUUGAGAUCAGAUGCAGAGUUAUCAGAAAUGUUACGUCGACAUGAAGAAGACAAGAAGCGUUUUGAAGAGAUCCAAAAAGCCUUACGAAUCAAGAUAUGACUUUUUUUAGAUUUUGUACUUUUAUUCAUUUUUUUUUCUUACAAACAAUUUGUCUUUCAUAUUUCAGAAAUUAUGUAUCAAUUAUAAAUUAUGAUUUCCAAUUUCUUUAGGUUACUGAAUUGAUCUGUCUGCAGAAAAUUAUGUUACAUAGUCUGGUAAUGAUAGUAAUAAUUAUGUACAUCGUAAUUUUUAGUGGUUAAAAGAAUAUAUUUUGAU